AUGAACGACAGCAUCAAGUACGAGAUGGAUAUGAAGAUGGAACCCUCGAGCCCAUCGGAAAAGGACCGUACCAUGUACUCGCGGUGUUCGAGUGCUGGCAGCAUACACACCCCAACGUCAUCUGCACACAAUUCAGAGGAUGAAGAAGACUCGGGCGAUAACAAAAGCAGCACGAUGAGCUAUAAGGAGCGGCGAAGGGAGGCACACACACAGGCGGAGCAGAAGCGCCGGGAUGCGAUAAAGAAAGGUUACGACUCGCUGCAGGAGCUAGUGCCAACAUGCCAGCAAACAGACGCAUCCGGCUAUAAGCUGAGCAAAGCGUCCGUGCUGCAGAAAUCGAUCGACUACAUCGGCUACCUGCUGCAGAACAAAAAGAAGUUGGAAGAGGAGCGGGCUUCGCUGCAGAAGGAAGUGAUGGCGCUGCGAAUUAUAAAGAAAAAUUAUGAAAACAUGCUGCAGCAUCAGCAGACAUCCCCGGGCCGGACCGAGGCACGGCUCAGCGACGAUAUUAAGUUUCAGGUGUUUAAAGCGAUCAUGGAUGAGAUGUUCGUAACGUUCGAGCAGUUGCCGAUGAAUGACUUUGCCGAGCUAACAUCCGGCGUUAUACCGUGGCUGGAGGAGCACUGCAAACCGCAUCUGCUGCGGGAUGUCGUUAACCGAAUGCUUGCCCACAUUACGACAAGCAUUACGGUGGAAACCGCUCAGGAUAUGGCCAGCAAUCGGGACAUGAACUAA